AUGCAUUUACGCGACGCAUGUUUUGAGCUAAAAGUUGGUCAAAUGCAUUCUGGUUUACACAAAUUAGCUUCAAAAUGGUUACAUAUAUCAGAUUCCUAUGUUGCAUCAUCUAAUGAUUGCGUUAAACUUUUACAUCCGCUCGAAAUUACUGACAAUGUAUUAAGUACUAUUUUUAUGGGUGGUAUUGAUUUUUACUCUACAGUAUUUAUACAUGGAAUAAGAUUUACAAGUGCUGAUUAUGCACAAGGAAAAGUCGGCGAUGAUUCCUCAAUUAUUUUUAAAACUGGUUUACAAGAAAACUUUGGUCGAAUCCGUCGGAUUUUUACAGUAAAUGAUACUGGUCCUAUAUUUUAUGUUGAUGUAUUUAAAAAAAACUAG